AUGUCUGAGCCUGACCCUUUGUCUGGAUCUGCAGGAAGCGUGGAAAACGGAACUUUCCUCGAGCUAUUCCCCACAUCGCUGUCCACGUCGGUAGACCCGUCCUCGGGCCACCUGUCCAAUGUCUACAUCUACGUGUCCAUAUUCCUCAGCCUUUUAGCAUUUCUACUUCUGCUCUUAAUCAUUGCCCUCCAGAGGCUCAAAAAUAUCAUCUCUUCCAGUUCUUCCUACCCAGAGUAUCCAAGUGAUGCAGGAAGUUCCUUCACCAAUUUAGAAGUCUGUAGUAUUUCCUCUCAGAGAUCCACUUUCUCAAACCUUUCAUCCUGA